CUCUGCGAGGCCCCGUAUCAGCUGACGCGAUUCAUGACAGUCACCUGACAGCAACACAUUCCCCCUGCAUGCUCCCGUACUCUCGCCGAAAUCCCAUGGACGGCUGACUGGCGUAUUUAUAAAUACGGAUAAAGACAUAUAUUACACAUAAGUGAGUAUUCAGGACACGUUCAAUGGCGUUGUUUGGACGGAGGAAGUGAUCACUGGAGGCGAUUUGUGGCUAACGCAGCUAGUUAGCUAGCUAGCUUAGUGUAUGCCCCCCCUGUUGUCUCUGCUGGAUUCACUGUCACUGUUUGGGGUAAACAGGAAUUAAAAUGCCUCCGUCGGCGGCUGUCAUCAGUGGGAUCCAGAGGAUGGUCCUGUAUGAAACCAGAGCUAGGUAUUUUUUGGUGGGGAGCAAUCAGGCACAGACCAAACACAGAGUCCUGAAGAUCGACCGCACAGAACCCAAGGAUCUGGUCAUAAUAGACGAUAAGCAUGUGUACAACCAGCAAGAGGUUCGGGAACUGCUGGGCCGCCUGGACCUUGGAAACCGCACCAAAAUUGGCCAAAAGGGUUCCUCGGGUUUGUCCAGGGCUGUUUCAGCUUUUGGGAUUGUGGGUGAGUACAGUCCCUCUACAAAAAAUGCCAACACAUAUGUGAGGAUCUUUCAGAAUGUGGACCUCUCCAGUAACUUCUACUUCAGCUACAGUUAUGACCUGAGCCACUCGCUGCAGUACAACCUGACUUUGCUGCAGAGGCCUUUUGAACAGUGGCUGUCGGAAGCCACAGAGGAAGAGGUUCACACACAGAGUAAGCAGGACAGCUUCGACAUCUUUGAAGAUGAAGGUUUGCCUACACAAGUUGUUUACGGCCUCCAGAACGAGCCGUACUACAAAUACGUGUGGAACGGGAAGCUGCUGGAACGAGUCAAGGACAUAGUGCAUCAUGACUGGCUCAUGUAUAUAAUCCAUGGCUUCUGUGGCCAGUCCAAGCUUCUGAUCUACGGUCGGCCGGUUCACAUCACCCUCAUUGCAAGGCGAUCCAGCAAGUUUGCCGGGACCCGCUUCCUCAAAAGAGGAGCCAACUGUGAGGGGGAUGUGGCUAACGAGGUGGAGACAGAGCAGAUUGUCCAUGACGCCUCGGUUAUGUCUUUCACAGCAGGAAGUUACUCUUCAUAUGUCCAAGUGCGAGGUUCAGUCCCGCUCUACUGGUCUCAGGAUAUUUCCACCAUGAUGCCCAAACCCCCCAUACGAUUGGACCAAGCUGACCCAUAUGCACAUGUAGCUGCCCUCCAUUUUGACCAGAUGCUCCAGCGGUUUGGCUCUCCCAUUAUCAUCCUCAACCUGGUCAAGAAACGGGAAAAGAGGAAACACGAGAAGAUUCUGAGUGAAGAGCUUUAUCCAGCUGUGAUCAACCUAAACCAAUUCCUCCCCCCAGACCACUGCAUUGACUACAUUGCCUGGGACAUGGCCCGCUACACCAAGAGUAAGCUGUGCAAUGUCCUGGACCGUCUGAGUAUGAUAGCGGAGAAUGUGGUCAAGAGAACAGGUUUCUUCAUUAACCAAUCCAACUUCUACUGUCAUACCCUCAGACCUGACGACAGAUGGGGAGAUGUGGGUGGACACAUCACAGCCAAUGGACGAGUGCAGACUGGUGUGUUGCGGACCAACUGUGUGGACUGUCUGGACCGGACCAACACUGCCCAAUUCAUGGUGGGGAAGUGCGCAUUGGCCUAUCAACUAUAUGCACAAGGAAUGAUUGACAAACCCAAGCUGCAGUUUGAUACAGACUGUGUUAGGUUGUUUGAGGAGCUAUAUGAAGACCAUGGAGACACACUGUCUCUGCAGUACGGCGGCUCCCAGUUGGUCCACAGAGUCAAGACCUACCGCAAGAUCGCCCCCUGGACUCAACACUCCAAAGACAUCAUGCAGACUCUGUCACGCUACUACAGCAAUGCUUUCUCAGAUGCCGACAGACAGGACGCCAUCAACCUGUUUCUCCAAGUCUACCAGCCGUCAGAGUCCAAACCGCACCUGUGGGAGCUGCCCACUGACUUCUACCUGCAUCAGAAGAGCACCAUGGCCCUUCCCCAAGACAGACGCAGCUACACAUUGUGGUGGUCAGAGGGAAUCCUGUCCUAUCUCCCUGUUCCCUAUGAUGAAGAAAAAAUUGUUAAUGAGAGGAAGAGUCUGGAGUCAUUCUGGAAGGCAGCUCUCAACAAGAGCAGUAAAGAGGAGACGCUCCUCCAGAGAAAGACCGCAGCUAGCGCACCUCCGCCCCCGAGUGAGGAGGCCAUCUCCAGCACAUCGGAGGACGACUCCGAGGAGGACCGCGACGAUGACGGAUCCGUAUCCCAGCGCUCUACCCCGAUCAAACUGCUAACAGAGUCUGGAGAGAGCACACGCACGCAGGAGGAGCAGCAGCAGACAGUUAAGGAGCCAUAUGGACUCAGCCUGGCCAAGUUUCCUACUGAAAAAGACAUGCUCAUUUACGAAAGUUUCGCACGUCUGGGCGAGAGCCAGCACAAAGUCGAGAGAACUGAACAAAUAAACUUGGCGAACAUCGUCUGCUUAGAGCCGGUGUCAUGCUUCGCAGAGGACAGCAUCUACGGAGUUUCCCCCCCGCGGGUCGACAGAGACAGCCGAGAUGUGUUCGAGAGCCACGUGCUGACCAGUCAGGGUCAGGUGAGGGCCCUGUGCAGGGAUGACAUGUUGAUGUACAGGGAGUAUGUAAAGAACAGAUACAUGUGAGACGUGGACUCAGUCACUGACAUGUGUUUUUUGAAUGAAUGGCUGUUGUCCUGCACAUUGUUUAUACUUUAACACGUUUUGGUUUCAAGAUUUUUGCUUCAAGGAAGAGCAAUAGAUAUUUUCUUUUGGCUUAAUUAACCCACGUCUUGAAUUUUCUUUCCUCCUGUUGAGAAAGGCUCAAAUCCAGAAAAGCCACAACAAACCGCCUUUAAGACCCUUUUUAUUACUUCUUUGUGUUAUUUUCAUCAAAUGCAUUUUAAUUUCACUUUUUACUUGAUUGAAGAAAAUGUGCCGUUUAUUUCAAAACUGUUACCUGUUUUGUCUCAGUACUUGAAUCCUAAAUUCCUAGUAACAAGAUGGUCAGCUGUCUCUAUAACACCCACCUUUUUCACUUUGUGAAAUCAGCUUCACGUCACUUGAGCAUUUAAAAUGUUUUUUUAAAAGUCCUCACAAGAUUGUAUGUUUCUUUGUUUUUUUAACUGGUCAGAAACAUUGGUCUUAAAAGUCACACAUUACUGUAAAUCUACAUUCUGGUAAUUUAACUUUUUAAGGUCAGUCACGUCUUAUUUCGAACAUUUGAUACAACCUCAAUUGUUUGUUCAUCAUCAGACAAAACUCCUGAUACCGUAUGUGUAUAUAUAUUGUGGGUUUUAUCAUAAAAUACUCAUUCUCAUACAUUCUCGGUUGACAGAACUGCACAGAUUUCUUUUGUGUCAUGCAUUUCUGAGAUUUCAGCCUCUUACUGUGUGUACUUCUAAAUUAAACAUUUAUUUAUUAA